UUCAGAACCGUCAAGGGAAAACUCGACUUUCUAAAUGGUAUGUACCUUAUGAAGAUGAGGAAAAAGUUAAGCUGAAGGGUGAAGUUCAUAGGCUUGUGGCUCCAAGGGAUCAAAAACACCAAUCAAAUUUUGUAGAGUUUCGUAAUUAUAAAAUCGUAUACCGUCGAUAUGCCGGUUUAUUUUUCUGUGUCUGUGUAGACGCCAAUGAUAAUGAAAUGGCUUAUUUAGAAGCCAUACAUUUUUUCGUUGAAGUAUUGGAUGCAUUCUUUGGAAAUGUUUGUGAGCUUGAUUUGGUCUUCAAUUUUUAUAAGGUUUAUGCAAUUUUGGAUGAGGUUUUCUUGGCUGGGGAAAUCGAAGAAACAA